AUGACAACUACAGUUCCUUUAAUUUAUUCAUUUCCUGAAUUUUUAGGUGUUGCUGAUGCUGUUGCUGAUCAUGUUAUAUCUGCUCAAAAUCAAACUUUAUAUAAUUCAACUGAUUUAUCUCAAAUUGAAUUAAUUAAAAAAGGUGCUAUAAGUAGACCUCAAAUUUUAAAAACAAAUUCAAGUUUAUCAAUUAUAAAUAAUAAUAAUAAUAAUAAUAAUAGUAAUAAUAAUAAUUAUAAUAAUAAUAGUAAUAAUGGUUCAGGUAAUACAAGUAAUUUUCAAUCGACAUCACAAUCUCGAACAUCAACUCCAAAUCAUUCACCAUCUCAUUCAUCAAGUCAUAUACAAAGUUCAAGAUCAACUUCAAAUCUUGCUGCUGCUACAUCAUCAUCAUCAACAUCAACAACAACAAAUGGUCUAAAAUUGAAGAAAGAAAAGAAAAUUAAUAAAAAACAAGAAAUUAGAUUUAAAAUUGCAAUUUCGGGUGGUUCUUUAAUUAAAAUUUUACAUCAAGGUUUAUUACCAAGACAAGAAUUAAUUGAAUGGGAUAAAUGGGAUAUUUACUUUGCUGAUGAAAGAUUGGUACCGUUUGAUAGUCCAGAUUCAAAUUAUGGUCAAGCAAAAAGAGAAAUUUUUGAUCAUAUAAAAGGUGAUAAAUUUCCAAAAAUUUAUCAUAUAGAUGAGUCUUUAAUUAAUGAUCCACAAGAAUGUGCUUAUGAAUAUGAAAAACAAUUGGUUCUAAGUUUUGCUAAAAAAGAUUCUGUUAAAUUACCAAUGUUUGAUUUGCUAUUAUUAGGUUGUGCUCCAGAUGGUCAUAUUGCAAGUUUAUUUCCAAAUUUUGGUGAACAAUUAAGAGAGAAAUUUGCUUGGUGUAUGUCCGUAACUGAUGCUCCAAGUGGUCCAAAAGAUAGAAUUACUUUAAGUAUACCUGUUAUAUGUCAUUCUGCAAGAGUUACUUUUGUUGUUGAAGGUUUGACUAAAGCUCCAAUUAUAAAAACUAUUAUUGAAAGACCUGAAAAAGGUUUACCAAGUUCUAUAGUUAAUGAAAGUGCAGCUGGUAAAGUUGCUUGGUUUGUUGAUGAUGAUGCAUUGAAUGAUUUAUAUGAUAUUGUAAAGAAGAAGUAUAAAUUUUUAACAAUAACUGAUAAUGAAAAUUAA